UCGGUUCGUCUUGUGCGCAAAUGGCGCUCCCUGUUGACAUGUACUGUUAUCGGUUGUCCUCGGCACUGCUUUAUUAAACCUCUCCCUCUCUCUACGUCAGCUUUUGGGAACUCGGGCAAGGGAAAGUUUAAGGAGAAGAAAAAAAAGUGUACUGUUGUCUGUGUAUGGAUGAAAACUGAACGGCUUUCUUACACAAGAAAAGUAGCGCAGUCUAGUCCGAAAUGGCGAAUGCGUGGCAUCCGCAUUGAAAACCCGGAGCAGACGCUUUUAAAGAGACUGAGCAAACUUUUUUGCGUUUGGUUUCAUGGAAUAUUUUUCGCCUCUUAUCCCGACCUACAGAGCGAGACAGGAAAGCGAGUUUACCACUGACAGUUUUCCAGGGAAAGAAAAUCCAUGUGCGUGAACGAGGACAUUUUUCAAUCGGCUGGAUUUUAAAGCGCCACAUCUGUGUGUGGGUGUUAAGAAUCAAACGAGAAGUAUUUUAAAACUUGCUGAAAAGUCUGCAAAAGUCUACAAUGGCUAAGAAAUACGACUUCCUCUUUAAAUUACUGCUUAUUGGUGAUAGUGGCGUUGGCAAGACAUGUUUGAUCAUUCGUUUUGCGGAGGAUAAUUUUAAUUCAACGUACAUAUCAACUAUUGGUAUUGACUUCAAAGUAAAGACCAUCGAGGUUGAGGGGAAGAAAGUCAAACUGCAAGUCUGGGACACAGCAGGACAGGAGAGGUUUAAGACCAUCACUACUGCUUAUUAUAGAGGAGCCAUGGGCAUCAUCCUUGUGUAUGACAUUACUGAUGAAAAAUCCUUUGAGAAUAUUCAGAACUGGAUGAAGAGCAUCAAAGAAAAUGCAUCGGCUGGUGUAAGUCAAAUGUUACUUGGCAACAAGUGUGACAUCGAGACAAAAAGGAAGGUGUCAAAGGAGAUUGGUGAGAAGCUUGCAAAGGAACAUGGUAUUCGAUUCUUUGAGACUAGUGCAAAAUCGAGCAUCAACGUUGAUGAGUCUUUUGACUCUCUUGCUCGUGACAUUUUGCUGAAGUCAAAUAAGAAACUGGGUCCUACUGGUCGAGAGGUUAAACUUACCAGCACAGAGAAAAAGUCAUCCAAAUGUCUUCUUCUUUAGACACCAUCAUCAAAAGGGCAGACUCACUACACACACACACACACACACACACACGUAGCACUGCAGUGUUAAUGCCAGAGAGUAAUUUGCAAAGUGAACAUGGAAAGUGUUUUUAAAGAAUGAUUGAAAUUGCAAGAGUGAAAUGAAAUACUUGACAAAAGAAAUGAAACAAAAAUAUCACUUUUAUAUUUCAUGGUAGUUUGCACUACACAACAAUAACAGUUCAGUUGACUAGUUUACAGCAAAGUUGGUUUUCUUGCUCAAUGUUUUGCUCACUUCAGCAUUAUUUCAAAUGUAAACCUACUUGAAAUACACAAAAAACUGCCCUUGUAGAAAAAUGGAAAAGAGUUCCCAUGUAACUGUAUCUCCAUGCAUAGUUACAGGUGGACAAAUAUUGUCCAAUUUGAUAUCCAGUCAGCACUUUUGAGUUAUUUCUAAAUAGCUGACAAAUAGUUUGAAUGUUUGCUGCUAAGAAAAGGUGCAUAACAAAUUUUGAAAGACUUCGACCUCUAAAGAAAGAUUGAAUAAGUAAUUUUAGGAUGUUAAUUGGGAGGUAUGAGAAAAUAAUUCAUUGAUUAUGGAUGGCAAUAUGAUAUUGUUCUACUUAAAAUUCACCAUGUGUUUCCCCAAAAGGAUUAUGGUCAGAUGUAAUCUACAGAGUUUUGGUUUUGCAUCAUAACGUUUGUCUUUGUCUUUUUUUUUUUUUGUCUCUCACUGCCUUUUAUUCCCUCUUUUUUAUGCUUUGCAACAGAAUAUUUUUUUCUGAACUUGUAUUUUGAACUGCUUUUAAUAAAGUAAAUAAUUUUCACAUCGCAUUAUUUUCUAGUAAAUAUGCAUUAGAUUUGUAUUAAUUUUUUUACGUUUCGUCUGAUUUUAAUGUACGUUUAUGUGGUUUAUUUUGAUCUAUUAGUUUAUUUUGAUCUAUUAGAAUUUUAAUAUGUAUAUAUAAUGUAUAUAAAGAGAGAGAGAUUUUGUUUUUAUGAUUUUGUUAUUUGGGGAUUUUUUGAAUUUUUUCAUAUAAGCUGUGAUUGUACAAUAGAGAAGUGUAUAAUGUUUUGACAUUUUGUGUAGCUUAUUUUGGUCUUUAGCACUUCUUUAAGUUACAUGAAUUUUCUGCCUUUUUCAACCAGUAAUACAGUACUAUAAAAUAAUACUUAACUCAUCCACCUUAUUUUGCAACGCAGUAGGAAGCAGCGGCUGCAUUUCCGGCGAAUGUGAGAAAGUUCUGCUUCAGCAGAAUUAUAUGCCAGUGUCGGAUAAUUUUCUGACGUCAGCAUUUAGAGGAAAAGAGUAAGUAAAUCAUUCACUUGUUGCUCUGUGUUAUUGAAGAGACGGUAAUAAAAUAUGUUCCUUUCUUUAC